AUGGCUACAACAACUAAAUCAAGUAUGCAAGAUUGGGUUCAAAAAAUUCAUUUUGAAAACAAAGUGGAUGUUAGCUUACAGAUGCCAUCAGAAAGCGAGUCUAUAAAGAUUGAAGUAGAUGAUAUUCCAAGUCUGAGUCAGAGUGCAGGUCAAGACAGUUACCUUCAGUCUAUUCUAUCAUCCAAAUCAACUGCCAGUUCUAUAUCAGUUGGUCAUUCGUGCACAGGCGACAAAGCUUCAUGCGAAUGUUAUAAAUGUCAGCGUCAGAGAAGAAGAGCAGGACAUAGAUUAGAUAAUACAAGAAACAAUACAACGCCCGCACCUUACACACCUUUACCAAAGCAAGAAGCGCAGCCAAAGAGAUCAAAUACUCUUCCCACAUCUGCUGCAAUUACCAAGAGAUCAAACACACUCAGAAAGACACCUACUUUAAAAUCAUACGAAAAACACAUCCCCAAGCCCACUUAUUCGCAGCAGGAGAGUAUCUAUCGCUUUAAAUCUAAUGAUGGAAAGGAUGAUAAUAGGCAGAAUAACAGAGAGCAGGAAAGACCGUGGAGCACUAUUGGCUCAAGUGAUACCAAAGAUAAUUAUACAAUCUCUUGGAAGGAUGAAGGAACAGGCGAUGAUCUACUCACUCCACUCGUUACUUUCCAGACCAUAUUUGAAUCAGUUGAUAAAAAUGAAGGAUUAUCAGAUAUAUUGGAACAAAAAGCAAAAGAGCUGAAAGAUAAAAAGUUAAAAGUUCAAGAGCCUGAACCAACAGAACAGUUACCUCCACGUCGACCAGAUUGCUUAACAUUAAGUUAUCGUCAGGGACCAAAGCAUAAUCCUUUAACACUUUAUCAUACAAUGAAAAUGAAUAAAGAAAGUGAACGAUUAAAUGCCUAUGGUAUUGCGUUUAAUCAUUGCAUUCAAUCAAACAGCGGCUUAAAGGACUGGAUCAAGAAGCCUAAAGCACCUCCGCCAGUAAGAGAAGGCUCCAAGCUGACCCAAGCAGCACACCAAAAACCUAAACGAUCACUUUUUUCUACAUUAAGAAAGGGACAUAAAAUGAGUAACCACAGUGAAGAGCAGCUCAUGUUUUGGGCUUCAACAGACCAGCUCUCUCAAAAGAAAAAGUCAACCGAGACUUUAAACCAACCGACGGAUAUACUCUUGGCUGCACAAGCACUGCUACCAAAUCAACAAGGUUCAAUUACAAUUGAGCCAAAUCAAAAGGCUCCUUAUGACCAUAUUGAUGUUCCUGGUAAACCACGGGUGGUCGAUACCAAGGAUGUAAAUAAUAGCAUAUCGUCAACAGAAUCAAAUACAGCUAAUAAGAUCGUAAAUAAAUCAGGUCGUCUGUUCUCUUCGUUAAGUAGAAAAGCUUCAUUAAAGUCAUACAAUAGUGACAAAUCUCCUUCUAUAAAGUCUUUAGAAAAGGUUGACGAAUGA